AUGCCUCCUCUGUGGUCGUGUGAUUGGGUGGGUUGCCAAACCCCAGCCGUUCAACGGGCCGGGGAUUGUUUGCUCUGCGACAGGCAUCUUUGCCAGACUCACUUGCGGGACCAGUGGCAUACGUGUCCGAAGCCAGAGACGAACUGGAACGAGUACAGCGCUCGGUAUGCAGCAGCAGAGCCCCGGCGGCUGGAGGAGUUGUGUCGGCGGAUCGACGGCGGGAAGCUAUGCGCGCGCGCGUCACAAGUGCGCAGUGACACCAACGUGCCAUGCGCAAUUGACCUCUCCCCGAAGAACCUUUCGACCAUGAUGGGCGGGCAGAACUGCCAUGCCGAGGUUGUGUUCGCGGACGGCGUGGUGUGGCUCGCGCGAUUCCGGCUGUCCAGCCCCGUAUCGCCGCCGCUAGAGGUGCGUGACUACGUGCUGCGGAGCGAGGCCACAACCAUGGAGUUUCUGCAGCGCCACACACGUAUCCCCUCUCCGCGCGUGUUCGACUGGGCCUGCGAGUCCGAUCCGGCGAAUACGGUAGGCGUUGGCUAUAUCCUGAUGGAGAAGCUGCAUGGCACGCCGCUGGACUGGCAGGGCGCAACGACUGCGCAGAGGGAGAAGGUCGUGCGGCAGCUUGCAGACAUCAUGCUCGAGAUCGAAAGGCACCCUUUUGACAGGCUCGGAUCGCUCGUGGCGACGACGGCAAUGUCUGAAGGCGAGAUGGCACCGCCGGCGGCGGCGGCGGAGCCCCAGAUACAGGUGCAGGGUCUGGCGCAACAUUCCACGUUCCGGUCGGGCGAGGACGAUCGGCCGCUAGGGCCGUUCCGCUCGUCGCGGGAGGCCUCGCAUGCCCUCGUAGAGGCACACCUCCGGAUGAUCGCUGGCGGUGAGAUUGGGACGGCCGAGAACGCGGCGGACGUGUUUCUGGCCCACCGGUUCCGACUCGACGUUCUGGAUAGAAAGUUCUUCCUAAAGCACGCGGACGACAAGGGCGACCACAUCUUCGUAAACGCCGACUUCGAUAUCGUGGGCGUCAUCGACUGGGAGUGGUGUAGCACCGCGUCGAAGGAGGAGGCCUUCUCCUCGCCGUGCAUGAUGUGGCCGGUCGCAGCGUUCUACGACGGCUCGAACGAGCUGGCGGACGAAGAGCUGCUCCUGGCCCGCGUGUUCUGCGAGAGGGGCCGCGAGGACCUCGCCCGCUGCGUGCUCGACGGGCGGAAGGUGCAGAGGUUUUUGUUCGCACUCGGUCCUGGCGGGGCGUCACACGAGGACAGGAGAACGUUUGCCUGUCUUUUCAUGGGUCUCAAGCAGGCAUUCGAUCCGGGGCAUGGUGGCAAAGAAGAAAAGCGAGGGAGAGAGGAAGAGUGGGAGGUGUGGAGAGCAAGAGCGCUUGUGAAGUGGGAACAUGACGGUUUGUUGCAGGCUAUACUAAAGAGGAAAUGACAAGUCGCCGAACGAUGUUUAAUUGUCAAAAAGAGAGCAAGAAGUAGAAUACAUCAAGACCCUACCUAGUCUUUGUCUGCGAUGUCCUGUAGUGGCAUGACUAUCUGUUUGCUGGCGCACAUCCCUAAAUCGGAAGCCUCGACAACACACGCCUGUGGACAGCCAAUACUCAGUUGCUGGAAAUGAUGUAGUGAAGGCAAGGCGAUCGAAUCAAGUGUCAUCUCGCCGAGAAAUAAGGCAUAACGGAUCCUGCCAAAAACCCUGGACAUAGGCCCAUGUCCUUGUCCGUCAUUGGCGCCUGUCUCGUUCAACCUGCGUCACGAACCUUGACAUGCUUGUCCACUGGUCCGCCAUGUGCCUAUUGGUUGGACAGAGCCUUUUUUUGGCUCGGUGAUAAGGCACACGCCAUGCUUAGAUAUCGGACCUAGCCUUGGAGACUCCUCUCCUGUUGGAGAUCACGAAACCGACCAACAGAAGAGAUGACAUUGUAUGC